AUGCAGCAUCCGCCGGUGACGACUGUGGGAGCACAUGCGCCGUUGAAGCACCGCGUGCGUUCUCUGUGGCGUGUUCUGCCCCUCUCUACAAAGUCCAAUAGGUGGGUCCCUCUCAUGGAAUCGUGGGAAACGGCACUGCAGCACACGCGCAACGCCGCUGUACUGCGCAUCCAAAGGAGCAGCAACUGUCGCGGCUUCACCGCGUCUGCUGGUGGAGUCUCAAGCCAUGCCCUACUCGUCGGCCAUCGAACGUGCUGCUCCUCUGCGUCCUCGUCCUCGUCGUGGAAACCGCCGUCAUCGGCAGGAGCGGCGACCGCCGCAGCCGCUGCAGAGCCGGAGAUGAUCUCACUUGACGCGAUAGAGAUCGAGGUGGUGAGUGCCGAGGAAUCCCCGUCGACGACGUCCACGACCGCCACAGUGCGUCAUGCGGAGGUGCACAGGGAAACGCCUUUCCCAGGCCACAGAAACCAUUGUGUGCCGCAUCCCCACUGUCAUCAUCAUCAGCGGCAGCGCGAAGUGAGUGCGACAGACUUCUUCACGGCACAGCUUCACGCCACCUCCGCUGCGGGUGGCCGCGAGUACGACAGCGAUGGUGCCUCCACAGCAUCCGCUGCGCGUGUCGUCAGCGGCAGCGGUGAGACGGAAACCGGCGUGCCGGUCAGUGCCGUGCAGCGGCAGGAGGACUACUGCGACGCUCACACGAUCGACGCGUUUGCGCGAGGGCGCAUCUCCAACUUUGUGCGGCGGAUGGGCCACAGAACUGGAACGGUAUUUCACGUGCGUGUCAUGACGCCGGCCCAGGCAGCGGCGGUCACCGGAAGUACGACAGGGCCGACACUCUUCGCGGCGACGUGUCGGCUGCCGCUGCCGGAGCCGCAUGGCUCGCGCGUGGCCGAAGGCGUUGCAGAAGACGCGAAGGAAGCCGAGUUGCUCGCUGCCAUGCACGCCGAGCGCGUGUGUGACGCACUCGGCGUGCAGCUCUUCCGCCUGAGGACAGCACAGCAGAAGCACGCGGACGCCGUGCGAAAAGAAGAGGGCCGCUACGCACCCUACCCCGACGACCCCAUCAAGCCGCUCGGGACGCCCAUUCCACCCCCGCUGCGCCUGCUGCGCUCCCGCAUGCACACGUCGUCUAACGCACCCGGCGCUGCGUCGGCACGAUCGGUCUUCUCGGUUGCCACUGAAGUUGCCGCUGCUGAUGCGGCAGCCUCUUCGCAGUCCCACCGGUAUACGGCUGAACGAGGCGAAGCAUCGGCAGCAACAGUGACAGCGCCUCGGGUGCAGAGGUCGCAUCUGGCACGGACACCACCAGCACCCCGGGAGGGGCCGCUAGCUGGCCAGGCGCUGCCGGCGGAAUCAGCAGAGAGUGGUGCUGGAGAGGACGACUCGGCGUCAGCCAGCCCCGCCACCGCCGGCGCGGCGACGAGCUUCGAAUCGACCAAGAUUGUGCUGCGCCGCCACGACCCUAUUGACGACUACGCACAGUUGGUGUUUCACUACACGGAUGAAGAGCAUGCCGAGCGAGUGCGGACGUACGCCAGCAGUGUCUACUACCCCUGGAUGUGCCAGUGGGAAGGGGGGGCCGUGGCGCAGGGAGAUGUUAGCGCGACUCCACAGGGUGGUGCUAUGGGCAGUGAUGGCACUGCCGCCGCCGCCACGCUAGGGCAGGUGUUUGACCCCACAGAAAACGGCAUGUGGUCGAUGGUGAAUGACCGCGAUAUGCGCUGCUCCCCCACUCCGCAUGACGCGCUCGUGCUGCCCAUCGUGUACGACGGCCCCUGCGCCGAGGCGCGGAUCACCGACUACUACACCCAGCAUAACACAACGCUCAAGGAGCAUCUCAUGGUGCGCUCUGCUUCUGGGUCAGCGGGAAGUCCGCAGCGCAUGGUGGAGGCGGAGCUGCGACUUGUAGGUCUCACCAUUGCAGCGAAGGGGAAGGCGCAGACAGAGCCGAUGGCCAUCCACCUCGCCGCCAUGCACGCGGAGCUGCUGCUGGAUGCACUGGGGCAUCCGCUCUUUCCAGCCGACCCACAGCGGCAGGCACGGCACGCCGAGGUGGUGGCUGGCUACGGGCGGUGGGCCAUGAACCCCCUCACUGGCGCUAUCACACCACCGAACCCGCACGACGCGCUUCCGCUGCCGCUGAAGAUCCAAAUCGGGACGGAUGAUGUGUGGCUGGGGCCGGAGGCGCGGCGGCAACUGGGGCACCGCUGGUCAGACUCGGAGCAUAUCAUUGUGGCCAUGCAGCACUUGAAUUCGCAGACCGAAGACGAGGUGGAGAUCAACCCGCCGGCGGUGCUCCUCGAGGAGGCGGAGCAGCUGCUCCAAGAAUGGCAGGCGCACGUCGCAGAGAGUCGCUUUACGCAUCUCUUUGUGCUGUUCAACAUGGACAACGUCUUCCAGGCAACGACACUCCUGCCAGUUCCGCGACGGUUCGGCAUCCGGGGUGGUCUCGGCAUCGGCAAGACGCGCAAGAUGGCCGUGCAGGUGUGCUCCCUGCACGCACUCGACACGCUGUGCACUCUCGGCGUCCCCCUGUGCGUCGACCCGGAGCGACAGCGACGGUACCUACAGCGUCGUGCCGCACUCGGCAUGGUACUGCAGCGCACCUCUCCUGCCGACGAAGGAUCGCUGAAGCACGCGCGGGUACCGCGGAGCUUCUCUGGGCUGCCGCCACCGCCUUUGCCCAGCGCGGCAGAGAGGUCGCCGGGGACGAGCGACGGCGGUGUGCUGCGCUUGCCGACGUACGUAGUAGAGGGUUCGCACAUUCGCCUGCUGCCCAACAUUACCGACACGCUACACACCAUGCAGCUGCGCAUUCCCGAGGACUACUGCCUUUUCGGUGGUGCCAGUGAGGAGGUGCUCGUCGAAAUCGGCAAUCAGGUGCGCAUGGCCGUGCAGAACUACUUGCAGGAAUGCCUGGGAAAGCUGUUGCGCAGUCGAAACAUGCAGCAGAGAAUCCAGAGCAACAGCGGUGCGUCGAGGGCCGUACAAUGUGCUGCAGCAGCGGCCGGCGCGGGCGACGCCGUCGUGGAAGACAACAUCGCCGAGACACAGGCGUGGGCCACCCAGUUUGCCAUGAAUCUCUUGCCACACAACAUCAUAAGGGGCUACGGACGGCAGAACAGCCUGCACAACACCAGCUUCCUGCAGGUGCCGAUCCCCAGUAGCGCUGUGCUGCCAUCACCAGAGAUGUCGCACAAGAUCGACGCCUCGGCCGUAUCAUUGCCGCCGCACCCAUUAAUGGGACCCGUGUACGCCAUCGCCAUCGGCACGUCGCUCAAGCGUAAGGAUGCCGAGCGUGCCUGCUACCUUCACGCCGCGUCCAUCUUGCAUUCCUUUGGAGUGGAUGUCUUGGUGCAGUAUCCGCGCGGCCAGCCGCGGGUGCGCCACGCAUGCUCGUUCGCGGACGUGGCCAAGUACCUGAGCAAGGAGCCGCUCAUCAUUACAUCCCCCUUCCUCUCUGACGGCACGCUGCGCGCCUCGGCGGUGGAGGCCGCCGGUGUCAAGCCGACGGAGGCGGUUUCGCCGCCUCCGUCGACGAGCGAGGAGAUCGCCAGUGCGUCGUCCGCCUCAUCUGCGCCACAGCCGGGCUCCCUGCACCCACCUCGGCCCGUCAUGCACACGAAUAUGAAGGCGUUCUUGGAAAGCACGCGAGGCAUCACGUUACCGAGGAAACGGAAGGCCCGCUUCACAAGUCCCUUCUGA